GGGAGCGCAGGCGCUUCUCGCCAAGACAGAAGGGUUCGGACUACAACUCCCAGCAGCCACGAGGAGCUCUAAGGCUUGAUGGGAACGGGAAACUGUCUAACCUUUCACGUCCCGGCUCUGCGGGUUCCGAGGGUCGCCCGCGAAAUCUGAUCCGUGAUGCGGCGGCCCAAUCGGAAGGUGGGCCCAAAUCCCGCGACUGCGAGAAGCGCGUAGCGACCCGCGGUGCUAAGGAACGCCGUGCUUUCAAAAUUGGCGUCUGCUGUUCGCCUCUCCUCCUCGGAGUCUUCUGCCUCCUCCCAGAAGAGGAAGGAAGCACAGGUGGGUUUUUUAAGUUCUGAGUCGGAUUCCUGAGAACUUCGAGGCCAUCCCGACUGAGGUUGAUGUCCGCUGUGCUCUGUCUGCAGUAUGAAGACUUUGGAGACGCAACCGUUAGCUCCGGACCGCUGUCCUUCAGACCAGGACCCAGCUCCAGCCCAUCCUUCUCCCCACGCUUCCCCGAUGGAUAAAAAUGCGGACCCUGAACUGAUGCCACCGCCUUCCGAAAGGGACGAUCCGCCCCGGUUGUCCCCAGAUCCCGUGGCUGGCUCAGCUGUGCCCCAGGAGCCAGGGGAGGGGGACCCAUUUUCUCUCUCCACUCCCCUGGAAACAGAGUUUGGUCCUCCUAGUGAAUUGAGUCCUCGAAUCGAGGAGCAAGAACUUUCUGAAAAUGGAAGCCUUACUGCAGAAGAAGCAAACGGGAGCCUUUUUGAAGAAGAAGUGAACGGGCCAGAGUUGGAGUCUGGGGAAGCCAUGGAAGAUGCGUCUGGGGAACCUGCUGCAGAGGACGAGGGAGACCCCGCUUGGAACUACAGCUUCACCCAGCUGCCUCGAUUUUUCAGUGGUUCCUGGUCAGAGUUCAGCACUCAACCUGAGAACUUCUUGAAAGGCUGUAAAUGGGCCCCUGACGGUUCCUGCAUCUUGACCAACAGUGCUGAUAACAUCUUGCGAAUUUAUAACCUGCCCCCAGAGCUGUACCAUGAGGAGGGGCAGGUGGAAUAUGCAGAAAUGGUCCCUGUCCUUCGAAUGGUGGAAGGUGACACCAUCUAUGAUUACUGCUGGUAUUCUCUGAUGUCCUCAGCCCAGCCAGACACCUCCUAUGUCCAUGUCUCUCUCAGCGUGGCCAGCAGCAGCCGGGAGAACCCUAUUCAUAUCUGGGACGCAUUCACUGGAGAGCUCCGGGCUUCCUUUCGUGCCUACAACCACCUGGAUGAGCUGACGGCAGCCCAUUCGCUCUGCUUCUCCCCGGAUGGCUCCCAGCUCUUCUGUGGGUUCAACCGGACUGUGCGUGUUUUUUCCACGGCCCGGCCCGGCCGAGACUGUGAGGUCCGAGCCACAUUUGCAAAAAAGCAGGGCCAGAGCGGCAUCAUCUCCUGCAUAGCCUUCAGCCCAGCCCAGCCCCUCUAUGCCUGUGGCUCCUACGGCCGCUCCCUGGGUCUGUAUGCCUGGGAUGAUGGCUCCCCUCUUGCCUUGCUGGGAGGGCACCAAGGGGGCAUCACUCACCUCUGCUUUCACCCUGAUGGCAACCGCUUCUUCUCAGGAGCCCGCAAGGAUGCUGAGCUCCUGUGUUGGGAUCUCCGGCAGCCUGGUUACCCACUGUGGUCCCUGAGUCGAGAGGUGACCACCAAUCAGCGCAUCUACUUCGAUGUGGACCCGACUGGGCAGUUCCUAGUGAGUGGCAGCACGAGCGGGGCCGUCCAGGUGUGGGACACGGGCAAGCCUGGCAGUGAUGGGAAGCCGGAGCCUGUAUUGAGUUUUCUGCCUCAAAAGGACUGCACCAAUGGCGUGAGCCUGCACCCUAGCCUGCCUCUCCUGGCUACUGCCUCCGGUCAGCGUGUGUUUCCAGAGCCCACAGAGAGUGGGGACGAAGGGGAGCCAGAGCUGGGCCUUCCCCUGCUCUCCAUGCGCCAUGUCCACCUUGAAUGUCGGCUUCAGCUCUGGUGGUGUGGGGGGGGGCCCAGACCCCAGCAUCCCUGAUGACCACCAUGGCGAGAAAGGGCAGGGAGGGAUGGAGGGAGGUGACAGUGAGCUUAUAUAAAAAGGUUUUUUAUGAUA